AUGGAGACAGCAUCCUUCCUUUUGCCAAACUGGAGUUCACAUUUUCUCAGAGUAGAAGCUAGCAAGUCCCAGCAAUACUGUAUCCAGCCCAUUCUAAGGUGCUCCAGAGUGGUCAGCCGGUUUUCACCCAGCAGCCUGCGUUCCCAGAAUAGCAGACCAAUGCCUCAGCCUUAUGGAGAUACCUUCUGGGAGAAUCUUAGCCAAAGGUCUAGCUCCAACUGGAUGGUAGAACAGUACAUUCCACCAAUUCUGAGGGCCACUGGCUGCUCCCGGCCUGGCCUGCCCCCUCUUGAGGGGCUCCCUCCUCCUGAGAAGCUUUGGAGAAGAAAGAGAAAGAAGCUGCAUUUGGAAACAAUGCAGAAGGGACCUGGAAGCGUUCCAGCCCGAGUUAGAGCAGUCACUUAUCAUCUGGAGGACCUGAGAAGGCGCCAGGGAGUCAUCAAUGAACUGAAGAAGGCCCAGUGGGGCAGCUCUGAUGCUACACCUGAACUCCCAGUGCUUGAAGAGGGCUGUGAACUCCUAAGCCCUACACAAUACUUUGAUGUGGAAGAAGAAAGGGCAACCUAUCCACAGGAAGAGACUUACUUUGUCACUCCCAGAGAUCAGCUGCUUUGGUCUCCCUGGACUCCUGUAGGCCAGCAAGGGACUUAUGCCUCUGGGCAGCUAAGCUCUCUGGCCCACAGCACUGUUACAGCCAGAAAGAACCCCAUUUACAAUCCCCAGAGGAUGGAGUUGGAGUCUGAGGAGUAGUGGGAAAUCAUCCAGGCCCAAGCUACGGGACCCAAGACCAAUUCACACAUCAAGACUCCCCAUUGCUGGCUCCAAGGCGGUUGUUUUCUCUCUCCUAACCUUAACUGUUGUCUCCAUCCCCCAAUGUAGGCAUCACAGCCCACUUGAAUUCCUAUCCAACUGUCCAGUCCACUCGCAGCAGCCAGAUUUUUCUCUAGGCCAGACUCUGGUCAUGUGUUCUCUCUGUUCUGUUAUUAA